GGGUGAAGCGGAGUCGCUUUCGGCGACUUUUCCGGUCGCCAGGCAGGGGUUGUCGUCAGCUAGUGUCGCCGUGAUGUCUGGUCGUGGCAAGCAAGGAGGCAAGGCCCGCGCCAAGGCCAAGUCUCGCUCUUCCCGCGCCGGCCUCCAGUUCCCGGUGGGUCGGGUGCACCGCCUGCUGCGCAAAGGCAACUACGCCGAGAGGGUGGGCGCCGGCGCGCCGGUGUACAUGGCGGCGGUGCUGGAGUACCUGACCGCCGAGAUCCUGGAGCUGGCCGGCAACGCGGCCCGAGACAACAAGAAGACGCGCAUCAUCCCUCGUCACCUGCAGCUGGCCAUCCGCAACGACGAGGAGCUGAACAAGCUGCUGGGCAAAGUCACCAUCGCCCAGGGCGGCGUGUUGCCCAACAUCCAGGCCGUGUUGCUCCCUAAGAAGACGGAGAGUCACCACAAGGCGAAGGGCAAGUGAGGCCGCCGCCUGGAGGCCCAGCCUAGCCCAGCCUGACCCCGGUGUCUCAGGGGCGCUUGCGAAACAAAGGCUCUUUUCAGAGCCACCCACUCGUCUCAAUAAAAGGAGCUGUUAAGCUGUUAGGAGGGGA